AUGCCGAACUCCGAAAUUGACCUUGAUCUCACUGAGAUCCAUUUUGACUUCUUCUGCAAGGUCGGGGGCACGCCCCAAAUGCUACACGCAUUGAUUGCUGCUCAGGAGGAUGAUGUCAGGCGCUGGUCUUCUUGUCCUUCAUUUGGACCCUUCAUCCAAAAGCUCUUCGUCCAGUCUCAGAAUGUCUCUCGUCUUGGACCUGUUCAUCCUACUGGUCGCAUAGAUUUCGAGAAUUCUCGGUGCUCCAGCAGCUUCACCCACAUGCCUAUUGGAACUCCCGUUGAUGGUGCAGCCUCUAUCACCCUCCAUAGCCCAUCAGAUGGCGAGCCUUUUCCCUUCCCCAUCAGAGAUAUUCUAGCCAAAUUUUAUGAAUACGGCCAGUAUGAACUCCACAAGGUUCGAAUGGCAAUUCGCUUCGACGACAAAACAAUCAAGUAUGUGGAUGUACAGGCAUUUCCAUCUGAAAACUUUCCCGAGGCUCGCAAUAAGGGUCAGCUCAAAAAAGUCAACAUUGUUGAUAGCUUUGAUGAACGACGUGAUGUGGUGGCUUGUGGCCGUGGUUGCAUGAAACUCGACAUUCCAACUGCCUUCAAGGAGCAUCUUGAAGUUCUUGAGAACCGAAUGAGGGACAACGGCUACAACAUCAAAAUUCAUAUCCCAGAUGACAUCAUCAAGAGCGAACUUGAAUGGUUUGAAAGUUGGAACAGGUGUUUUAAUGGCGAUUCUAACGAUGGUUCUUUCGACUUGGGUGGUUAUAUGGAGGACGCCUACUUUCUACCCUUGAUCGAAAGUGCAGUUUUAGGCACGAUCAAGAAUGGAGAGUUUGCCAUAUUUGAAGUAGACGAUUCAGGAGGCAUUUCCUUGCGCGAAAAUCACAAAAUCGACGAUCGCUUCCUCCCAGAGCCGGCAAUUAAAAUGGAGUGA